AGCGGUACCUUUUGGGCGUCCAUCAUUGACUCUUCUCAGAUACUUAGCCCAUAGAAACUCGCAAUCAUGGUCAAGGUCGGUAUCAACGGAUUUGGCCGUAUCGGCCGUAUCGUUUUCCGCAACGCUGUUCUUCACGAUGACGUUGAGAUCGUUGCUGUCAACGACCCCUUCAUCGAGCCUGAGUACGCUGCCUACAUGCUGAAGUACGACUCCACCCACGGUGUCUUCGACGGAGAGAUCAAGGUCGAGGGCAACGACCUCGUCGUCAACGGCAAGAAGGUUCGCUUCUACGCCGAGCGCGACCCCUCCAACAUCCCAUGGGCCGAGACUGGCGCCUACUACGUCGUUGAGUCCACCGGUGUCUUCACCACCACCGAGAAGGCCUCUGCCCACUUGAAGGGUGGCGCCAAGAAGGUUGUCAUCUCCGCUCCUUCCGCCGAUGCCCCCAUGUUCGUCAUGGGUGUCAACAACAAGGAGUACAAGUCCGACAUCCCUGUCAUCUCCAACGCCUCUUGCACAACCAACUGCUUGGCUCCUCUCGCCAAGGUCAUCCACGACAAGUACACUCUUGUUGAGGGUCUGAUGACCACCAUCCACUCUUACACUGCCACCCAGAAGACCGUUGAUGGUCCCUCCGGCAAGGACUGGCGUGGUGGCCGUACUGCGGCCCAGAACAUCAUCCCAUCAUCCACCGGUGCCGCCAAGGCUGUCGGCAAGGUCAUUCCUGAGUUGAACGGCAAGCUUACCGGCAUGUCCAUGCGUGUCCCCACCGCCAACGUCUCCGUCGUCGACCUCACCUGCCGCAUCGAGAAGGGUGCUAGCUACGACGAGAUCAAGCAGACCAUCAAGGAUGCCGCCAACGGCGAGCUCAAGGGCAUUCUCGCUUACACCGAGGAUGACAUUGUCUCCAGCGACUUGAACGGCAACCCCCACAGCUCCAUCUUCGACGCCAAGGCCGGUAUUUCGCUCAACAACAACUUCGUCAAGCUUGUCAGCUGGUACGACAACGAGUGGGGAUACUCCCGCCGUGUCCUCGACCUCCUGGUCUACAUUGCCGGUGUUGACGGUAGCGCCUGAAGCCAGGACAAGCCACGAUUGUAGGCGGUUCCGGUGAGGACAGCGCGUUUGAAGGAAAAAAAGAAAACACAAAAACAAAACAAAAUUAAGCAAUGGAAAAAUGUGCCGAAUUUGUUGUUCUCACGCUUUUGUGGAAUGGAUCCAUUGAGUUACUCUUUUUCUCCUUGGCCCGCGCGACGUCUACGGUCGUUGGUUGGCUAA